UUUAUCACCAAUCAGAAUCGACCACCCAUCACCACCCUCUGCACACUGUUUUUCACUAUUGACACGCGUAGAGCAAUAUUUUAAAUGGUACCUGAUGGUACUACGAAAACUGCGGUCACUGUUAGUCAAAACAUAUUCGCUGUUCCGGUGGAAUGGUUUUCGUGUUUCGUAGUUUAAUUUGUUCUGCAAUUACAAACGAACAGAUUCCAGCUGAGUGUACUGCAAUAAUUGUUUGAAUGGAUAACUUUUACUAGAAACUUCCAAAAUCACUUUUUUGCAUUCGCGCUCGUGAGUUAUGAAUCAGCACCUCAAGGACACGAUGAAGACUGGAUUCGUCUAUUUUCUACUGAUUUGCGGAUUUCUCUUCACCACAUUCUACAAUGUGGCUUCGGACGUGCAGAUUCCAGCAGCUGGCGAUGGAGUUUCCUCUGUUUUGGGUAACGCCGGAAAAAGCCUUUCCGAUGCAAAUACAACACAAAUUGCUGCAGCUAUAGGGAACCCAGCACUGGCACCCAAAGAAAACCCGGAGAAGGAAAAGUCAAUACCGAAAAAUGCAACUACGACCAUGUCUCCAGAGAAAAAUGCUGUCGAACAAGAGCACUACAGCUCUAUGUCGAUUUUCUUCGUGCUCUGCGUGAUAGCGCUUGGGAUUCUGCUAAUUCACAUGAUGUUGCAGACCGGGUUCCAGUAUUUACCGGAAAGCAUUGUGGUUGUAUUCUUGGGAGCUUUGAUUGGUUUAAUACUGAACAAUUCGUCCGUUAAGCAUAUUGCCAACUGGGAACGGGAAGAGGUGUUUUCUCCGACAGCAUUUUUCCUAGUGCUACUGCCGCCCAUAAUUUUCGAGUCCGGAUAUAACUUGCACAAGGGCAAUUUCUUCCAGAACAUUGGAUCCAUUCUGGUGUUUGCUAUUAUUGGAACAACCAUAUCGGCGCUGGUCAUCGGAUCGGGUGUUUAUUUGCUGGGAUUGGCGGAGGUAGCGUACAGGUUGAACUUCGUGGAAUCGUUCGCCUUCGGGUCGCUCAUUUCGGCAGUCGAUCCGGUCGCAACGGUGGCAAUUUUCCACGCCUUGGAUAUCGACCCGGUGUUGAACAUGUUGGUGUUCGGUGAAAGCAUCCUGAAUGAUGCGAUUUCGAUUGUGCUCACGACAACCGUAAUGCCGAUGGUAUCUGGGUCGGAUGCGGCCGGCAGCUCCGGGACUGGUGAAUCGAUUAUUUCGGCUCUGAACACGUUCUGCUUGAUGUUUUUCGCAUCCGCCGGCAUCGGUGUUGUUUUUGCGCUCAUGAGUGCACUUUUGCUGAAGCAUGUCGACCUACGGAAGCAUCCAUCGCUGGAGUUUGGUUUGAUGCUGGUCUUCACCUAUGCUCCGUACGUGCUGGCCGAGGGAAUCCAUUUAUCGGGUAUAAUGGCGAUCCUAUUUUGUGGAAUCGUAAUGUCCCACUACACCCAUUUCAACCUAUCGACGGUAACGCAAAUCACGAUGCAACAAACGAUGCGCACACUAGCUUUUAUUGCGGAAACUUGCGUGUUCGCCUAUUUGGGGCUAGCGAUCUUCUCCUUCAAGCACCGCUGCGAACUGUCUUUCGUUAUCUGGGCCAUCGUUCUGUGCUUGAUAGGACGGGCAUGCAACAUAUUUCCUCUAGCUUGGCUGGUAAACCGAUUCCGCGAGCACAAGAUAACCAACAAGAUGGCUUUCAUCAUGUGGUUCUCAGGCCUACGGGGGGCUAUUUCGUACGCUCUUUCCCUGCAUCUGCAAUUCUCGAGCGAAGAAACGCGACACGUUGUUAUCACGACAACGCUGAUUAUUGUCCUAUUUACGACGCUGUUUUUCGGUGGUUCAACUAUGCCACUGAUGAAGUACCUUGCCGAGGGUAAGAAAAGUCGCCGGGCGAGCCGCGCGAGUCGCCUGGGCAAGAAGCGAAAGGAGAAAGCAAUUUCGCUCAGUAAAACGCGCGAAUGGGGACAGGCUAUCGAUUCGGAGCAUCUGUCGGAGCUCACCGAGGAGGAGGAAGUUAGCUUUACCCAGUCUAAACUGGUCGGUUUUGCGCGGUUGGAUAGGAAAUAUUUUACACCAUUUUUUACUAGAAGAUUCACACAUCAGGAAUUACACGAUUGCAAGAGUCAAAUGGCUGAUUUGACCAACAAGUGGUACCAGGCGAUCCGAAUUUCCCCCGAUGAUUUAGAUGAAGAAGACGACGACGAGGACGACGGUGCAUCGGUUGCGACAUCCGAGCGGUCCACCAACAUAUUGGUCGAAAAUAGCAACGCACGAGGCAAACAACAUAAAGCACCAUCCAGUGAAGCGAGCUCCCGUCCGAUAAAGUCCUGAUUCCAGGAGCAAUCGCCGGUAGACCCAUCUUCGUUGUGCAAUACCUCGCUGGACGUGGGAAUGGAAGUGUUUUUAUAGAACGAACGGGGGCAGUCUUUAAACUACGGAGCGGUGUAAGAUUAUUCUAUCUAUAUUUAUAUAUUUAUUGCCAAGCUGCAUAACGAUUCGAAAGGAACGCGUGAUGUGCUGUUGUGUGUUGUGGAAUGGAACGAAACAGUUUAGCUAUACAAUCAAAUUUACCACUCCGAAUGGUCCGCUCAAUGGACGGGGCCUGAUCGAUGUCUCACUUUAUACCAAUAUGUAGGUAUAUUGAGUAUUUUUUGAUUGGCUCAAAACCAAUUGCUAAAUACUCCUAACAGUGAUAAAUAGAAUAUCGUAUACUAGUCCAGUUAUCAGUAAGUAAUAAAUUUUUUAUAAAUUUGUCAUUCCGAAGGGAAUAAAUUUAUAAGGAUGCAGCUUAGGGUUUUUCAAACAACCAGAACGCAUUGCAAAACAAACAUAGAUUAUGCCCGUAGGCAAGCGUUUUCUUCAUCGGUAACUUCGUACAACUGUUCUAUCCAAUAUGUUACAUUUGUUUAUUGUUGUAAUAUAUGUGUUAUGUUGUGACAGAAA